UCAAACUAGGAAACUUAAAGACGGACAUAAGCUUCUCGCGAAACUAUAUAUACACCUUUUACAAAAGGAAAAUAAAACAACUAUAAAGUUAGUCAUGGAGAGACAAACUAUGUAUAUGUUAGCAGUUCUUGUUUUACUGAGCGUACAACAAUCCUAUUCAGUGGAGACAUAUAGCUUAAGCUAUAACUAUUUUGAUGAAAUGGCACAGUCAUAUUGCGCCUCUAAGGGAUCCGGAUGGGUGUUUGCUAUAAGGAGGGAUUGUGAGAAGGCCCCUAGGUGCAAAGAGAUGUGUAAUAACGCAAAGCAUGAAAUACUCCAGUCCAUUGGCAACCAACGUAACAGUGUAUCGUGUUUUGAUGCAUUCCACAUAGUGAAACGUCAUCCCGUACUAAAGGCGAACCCUUCUAAACAACCGGAUUCUGGGAAAUUGAAUCUUUCGACACAUGGUUAUGGUUCCAACGGUUGUACGUGGAGACCUAAUCACUGCGGACCUAACUACUGUUGCUGUAAAGCGUAUUAAAAAGUUCCAAGUGCGUUUGAAAAAAAAUAUUGAGAACAGAUAUUCCUAAACAUUUACGUGAACUCAUAUACCUUGUUUCAAAUAUGAAAAGGUAACUGUGAUAUGUCAGUCACUACGAUUCGAGUCUACAAACCGUGAAAAGAUAUUCAAGAUAUUGCAUUUCUGUGUUUGAAUUAAUGUGGUAGAAUCUGUAACAUCGCUUAUACUAUUUUUUGAUGAACCUUUUGCCAUACACUUUGUUGAAUAAAUUUACAAGUGACUGUAAGUGACCACAAACACUUCAUGGGUUUUAUUUAUUGCAAUGUGUUGUAAUUACAGCAAUUACAUUGUAUAUAUUUUUGAAAUAUGUUUCCAAAGACAGGGUAGAGGUGUGGGAACGCCAAAUGAUACAACCAAAGCUAAAAUAUACAAAAUCGAGGCUCGCUAAAAGAUACAAAACUAACGCUAAAUGAUACAACAUUUUUAGGCUCGUUAAAAGCUACAAACCGUUGACGCUAAAAGAUACAAAUUCUCUAUAGGAGUAUAUGGAGAAUUUCUACAUUUGUUGACGAUUUCACGAAAUUAUUAUCUUAUUUCAUGAAGAACUUGUCACACGAAAAUUUGAAUAUAGAUUAAUAUGUUUCAUAUUAAAUAAACUUAUACCUGAUCCCA